AUGGCGUCGACAAUAGAAUUUAAUGCUUUAUGGCUAUUAUGUGUCUUUUUAUUAUUAAUAGCAUUCUUUUUAGCGAUAAGACGACGUCGAAUAGCGUCUCGUAAUUCUUCUACUACAUCUUCAGAAGUAGUUUAUCCACAAUCAAAUAAUAGGCAAGAAGUAUGUAUACUCAUGCCUACAAUAAGAAAUAACCCUCAACCUCCUCCUCCAUUUGAACCAGAAGGUCCAAUACCACCUCCACCUUCUUAUCAAGACUAUCGAAAAGAUAUCCAAAUUCACGCAUAA